CUAGGCCAACUAUCUCUCAGGAGCAACCCGAGCUAAGAGGCUGGCAAACACUCUCCCUAGAUCAUGUGCACUCUCUAGACAUGUAGCCUACUAUAAACAGUGUGGAGAGGCUACAGAGAUAGGGGCCUCUUUUGGCAGAGGACUACAGCGAGCUUAGCUAAAGCAAGUGUAAAAGCGUCUUUCUUCUUUUUCUUACUGAAACCUAAACUAGCAUUUUUUAAAAAAAGGGUGCAGAAACCUACUAUGGCGGCUGCCAGUGUGUCUAUGCCAGGGUCCACGGACACCAGCCUGGGCUUUGAUGACUACAGUCUCUACAGUAACCUGUCUGAUGAUGAGCUCAUGCAGCUAGCAAUCGAGCGCAGCCUCACAGAUUCCCAAAGCUCUACCUCCAGAAGUGAAACCACAAAGACCUCCAUCCCCACGAGCAGGCCAACUCCAGUAAUUGCACGCCCACCUCAACCAUCACCUCCAGCGGCUGUGCAGCAGCCACGGCGGCCUACUCCAGAGCCAUGCCCUGCAAACCCGCCCAGGGACAUGCAUAACCAACAGAUUCCUCUCAUAGUUAGUCACUUUGUCACCGGCAAUGGCAAACGAAUGGUCGCAUAUCGCAGAUACGAUGGUACGCUGGUAGAAGUGAAGCCAGAGGCUGAAGUAGAAGAGGAUCCUAUUGUGAAGGCUAUUCGAGUUGGAGACGUGGGAACCUUACGGCAAAUCAUCAAAAAGCCAGACUGCAAUGUUCUCAUACCAAACCAAUAUGGAUGGAUUCCUCUUCAUGAGGCUGCAUACUAUGGCCAAGAUCAAUGUCUUAAGGCACUCCUGAGAGUACAACCUGGGAUGAUUAACAAGCACACUUUGAAGGAUCAGACUGCUCUUCUCCUGGCUGUGUCCAGGGACAAUGCAGACUGUGUGGAAUGUCUUCUUGAGAGAGGGGCUGACCCAGAUCUUGCGAACCAGGACAAAGAGACACCCCUAUAUAAAGCUUGUGAGAAGGAGAACUCCACCAUUGUUGCCAUGCUGCUGAAUUACAAAGCCAAUGUGAACAAGAGCUGUAUCCAAGGCUGGACUGCUCUCCAUGAGGCUGUGUGCAGGAACAAUGUGGAGAUCUGUGAGAUGCUGGUGAAGGCAGGUGCCAAAAUCAGCACGGCCAACAUGUACGGCAUCACACCCAUCUUUGUGGCAGCUCAAACUGGAAAUGUGGAUGCACUUCGGUUCCUCUUGAAAAAUGGGGCAGAUAUCAACAGCCAGGCAGCAGAUGGAGCCACAGCACUGUACGAAGCCUGUAAGAAUGGUCACGUGAACGUUGUGGAGUUCCUUCUGUCUCAAAACGCGGAUGCCAACAAGCCAGGCAGGACUGGACUGCUGCCAAUACAUAUUGCUGCUCAGCGUGGAAAUGAUGGCCGUGACCUCCUCACUUACGGGUGUACCCGCAAAAGUGACAAGGCGGUUAAAAUCGUGUCCUUGCUGAUUCCGGCCACCAGUAAGGCCCGAGUGAGGCGCACUGGCAUUAGCCCGCUGCAUCUGGCCGCAGAACGCAACAGGGACGAUGUCUUGGAGCUUCUGAUUGAGGCUGGCUUUGACGUCAAUGCCAUGCUGUCUGAGGACCGCAGAAAGAUGUAUGAAGAUCACCGCAGCACUGCUCUAUACUACGCCGUCAUUAAUAACAACAUUGAGGCAACCAGCAUGCUCCUGGAAGCCGGUGCCAGCCCAAACCUGGACACUUUCAGCCCUCUGCUAGUAGCCUUGAGGCAGGGCUGCAUGACCACUGUGACAUUACUGAUUAAGCACGGUGCAAACAUUAAUGUGUAUAUCCCCACGCACCCCACCACCUUCCCAGCUACUGUAAUGUUCUGCAUGAAGUACCUCACAGUGCUCAAGUAUCUAAUGGACAAUGGCUGCGAUGCUUUGUCAUGUUUUAACUGCGUGUACGGCAGCAAUCCUCAUCCACCUUUGAAGACCACACGCAGUAACAGAGAGGACAGUGAGCCACAGAGCGUCUGUGUUCAGUUUUGUGAGGUGAUCUCCACUGACACUUACAGUCGGUGGGCAGGACCCAUCAUAGACGUGCUGCUGGACUACGUUGGUCAUGUCAAACUUUGCGCCCGGCUCAUAGAACACUUGGACAGCUACCCGGACUGGGAAAGCAUCAAGGAGAAAGCAAUGCCUCCACGGCCACUGAUGCAGCUCUGUAGACUCAAGAUCCGCCAGCUGCUCGGCAUAAAGAGACUGAAGAAAAUAAAAACCCUGCCCAUACCUGGACGACUGAUCAAAUUCCUGAAUCACGAGGAACGCACACAAGACUAUUUUGGGUCUGAAGAGUAAACAGAAGAAGGGAAAUAGAAGGAAACAGCAUCCAGCGUAUCACUGCAAACAGCUGUAGAAUUUACUGUGCAUUUGGCUCACUCAUAUUACAGUGUAGAUGCAUUUUGUGUGUAUAUAUUUUUCAAACCUUUUCUAUGUAAAUAGCAGUUAAAAGCAGGAAUGAUAUGACAAUGUUGUAAUGUAGAAAAUGGUCUUAGUUAUUAAAUAGUAAUUUAUUUCUUCAUAGUUUUCUUUGGUAACAGUGGUGGAGUUUAGCAAAACUGUUGUUUUAAUCAAUACAGCAGCCAAGUUAAAUAAUGUGCUUAAUUUUAUUUUGAAAAAUACAAGUAAUUAUUUAAUUGGUGAAGUUGAUUUUUUCCACUGAAAUCAAAAUUCCAAGUUUGACACUACGUAUUUUUUUAAGUAUUUCUUAUGAAAAUCACAGUUAAAGAUCUUAAAGAGCUCUAAUGACAAAGGGUCAUCUGAUCCAUGCAAUUUAUAUUUGUUUAAAGUUUAACUUGAGUCUUGUUUCAUUUCUUCAUCACUGGUUAAGACAAGAGCUGUAUGAGUAGUUUUAUUGCAGUUUGGUUAAUUAUUUUAGGGUCUUUAUUUGUCAAAUAAUUAGCCAAAAGCUUACUUUUUAGGUGAGGUUGAAGGUUUAAAGCUGUGUGAAUGAAGUUAAACAACUGAGAUUUGAUUUGUCAGGCCUACUAUGAAAUGCAGAGCAAGAUUUCCACAUUCAGUUCUUCAAGCACUGACAAUCACCUCUCUUCACUUGCUAUGUAACACCAAGGCCUAUCCCAAUGAUUUCUUUAAAAUAUCUUAAACCAACCACAGACAAUAUUAUCUGCCCAGUGACUUAAAUCCUAAAAUUCAGGGGUUCUGAGUGUGGACACUAACAGGCACUAACAAAGAAAGAUUUUUAAAACUGACAGUUGUGAAUUUACUUUGCUUUAGUUCACUCCUUAAUACUAUGUAUACAAAGAAAAUGUCAAUGGUGACCAAAUAUAUUCAUGUGGUAACAAAUGUG